UAUCACCAAGAUCGCGCCUGUGGACCAUGUUAUGGGAAAAGUUGGUAGCUCUCCAAGAUGUGCAACCGACAAUGUAAAAUAAUCAGCAAGUCGAUGUAAUUAAUUAAUUUUCUCGUCUAAUUUCUGAACCGCGGUGAACUUUCGCAUCAUGAAAUCCCUGUUCUAUAGCCGCCUGUUCAUCCUCCUUCCUUGGGUAUUGAUUGUUAUUAUUAUGAUCGACAUCGACACGAAGAGGACAUCGGUGCGAAGUACUGCCCACUUCUACCUCUCCCGGUUGGGGAACGCGCAGCGACAGGACCGGACGCCUCGAACCGGGAGCAACCGAACAGCUCUGCCGGUGAUCUAUGCCAUCACCCCCACUUACACCCGAGCGGUUCAGAAAGCGGAGCUCACUCGCCUGUCGAACACCUUUCGCCAGGUGCCGAGGUUCCACUGGAUCGUGGUGGAGGACUCGAACUCGCGCACGGAGCUGGUGUCGCGCUUCCUCGCCCGCUGCGGGGUGCCGCACACUCACCUGCACGUCCUCACGCCUCGCAGGUAUAAGCGCUCUGGGAUGCCCCGGGCGACCGAGCAGAGAAACGCGGCUCUGGCCUGGCUGCGCCUGCACCGCACGCCCAGGGACGCCGGCGUGGUGUUCUUCGCGGACGACGAUAACACAUACAGCCUGGAGCUGUUCGAAGAGAUGCGGUCCACCAGGCGGGUGUCGGUGUGGCCGGUGGGGCUGGUGGGAGGCCGACGCUAUGAGCGCCCCCUGGUGGAGAACGGCAGAGUGGUGGGCUGGUACACAGGGUGGAGGGCAGACCGGCCCUUUGCCAUUGACAUGGCAGGGUUUGCGGUGAACCUGCAGGUGGUGCUGGCCAACCCCAGAGCUCUGUUCAAGCGGAGGGGAUCGCAGCCCGGCAUGCAGGAGUCCGACUUUCUGAAACAGAUCACCCGAGUGGAGGAGCUGGAGCCCAGGGCAGCCAACUGCACCCGGGUCCUGGUGUGGCACACCCGCACAGAGAAAGUCAACCUGGGAAACGAGCCCAAACACCGGCAGGACUCAGUGCUGAUUGAGGUGUGACGCGUGCCUCUCUGCCACUCCGAGGGGCCCUGCUGCUGUUUCCCCCCAAACGGAGAGCAGCAAGACCCGCGGAACAAACCUGCUCGUGACAUUUAAACCCCGGUGCUUCGGUGGACAGCAGUCUGAAUCAGAACCCGCAGGCCUGGGGGGUCAGACUUGCAGCCCCGAGCCGCUGGCCUUACAGAGCCGAACCCUGAGACUGAGGAGUCUCUCACACAGAGGACAUCUGUCUUUAUUCCAAUCGACCUUCUCUGGAAAGCAAGGAGACGUUAAAAAAAAAAAAAAAAAAAACACCAUUUACAAUAAAUGGAGUCAUUGCAACGAAAUGAUCACACAAUAAUUCAUGGCUAUUCACUGUUUAAUGCACGGAAAUAACAUUUUUAUCUGUACUAGGCACCAGAAAAUGUAAACACAUUAUGGAAAUAAACCUGGAGGAGGCUGCCGGAGUGCUGUCAUUAUUGCAAGGCUGAGAGACCCUGUCUGCAUCGAUACAAACCCCACUGCAGCGUUCAG